AUUAGAUCAUGUGACCUAAUCUGCAUGAGGGGCCCAUUGUACCCUGACCAGGGCCCCCUUUUUGUUGUCCAACUGGCAUUGUUGCCCUCUAGUGUGCCAGAUGGCCUCAGACCUUGGUGGGAGUAGGGUGUGUUCAGGUGCAUUUGUGGUGAUCCAGGCCAGAUUCUCACGAGACUAGGAUGGUGCAAACAAGAAGCAGUGGUGCAGCAGUUGCCCAUAACACACGCCUCCGCAGCCUGCGGGAGUGCAACUGCCUGAGGUCCCGGAUACGCCAACUGCGGGAGCAGACCCGCCGACAAGUUUCCAGGAUUUCCAGCGCCAACAGACAAGUGCGGGCCAUGGGACAGAAGGUGUCUGGUGGGGUGAAGACGGCAGGGCCAGGGCGGGAGCCGUCACUAAAGGCUCUGAACUCGGACAGGGACUUGUUACACCCCGACAUGCAGAAGCCUAGCCGACUAGAUAUGCUCCUUGAUAUGCCACAGGCGGACAGGGAAACACAAGUCAAACACGCGUGGAACAACGAAGAUCGGUCACUGAACAUUUUUGUGAAAGAAGACGACAAACUCACCUUCCACAGACACCCGGUUGCUCAGAGUACGGACUGUAUUCGUGGUAAAGUUGGGUACACAAGAGGACUUCAUGUAUGGGAGAUUCACUGGAGCACGAGACAACGGGGGACGCAUGCUGUGGUAGGAGUAGCGACAGAGCAUGCCGCCUUGCAUUCGGUAGGGUACCAGUCUCUAGUGGGGAGCAACGCAGAGUCGUGGGGCUGGGACUUGGGAAGGAACAAGCUCUACCACGAUAGUAAAAACAACCCCGGAAUCACGUAUCCUAGGACAUUGAAAGCGGAUGAGAACUUUGUGGUACCAGACAAGUUCCUUGUAGUUUUAGACAUGGAUGAGGGCACAAUCAGUUUUGUAGUGGACGGACAGUUCUUGGGCAUCGCCUUCCGUGGACUGAAGGGAAAGAAGUUGUACCCAAUUGUCAGUGCAGUGUGGGGACAUUGUGAGAUCACCACCAAGUACAUCGGAGGCUUGGAUCCGGAACCCCUGCCGUUGAUGGACCUGUGCAGGCGGACCAUUCGCCUGUCGCUGGGGAAGGACCGCCUGAAGGACGUGCCCAAACUCCCUCUCCCACAAGCUCUCAAGAACUACCUGCUGUACCAAUAACAGUAGUGCAGUCUUCAUCAAUGCCAGAGGAUGUGUAAUGAAUGAGGUCAAUGUGCAUUUGUCUCUACCACCCCUACUUUUCAAGUUGACGGGCACUUUGAUUGGAGGAAACUAGUAUUUUUGAGAUCAUAACAUAAAGUAGGGGUGGUAGAGAAAAUGCAAUGUGAGAAUGAUUUCGAAAUGUUAAUGUCUGAUCUAAUAUAUGCCAAGGUAUUGCUUAAGAAGCACUGUAAUUGUUACCAGCAGAAAAUGGUCUCAAACGUAUUAAAUGUUAAUUUCUUGGAAGACUAAAUGCUUGGUACAGAUUGAUUUAAUUGUGAGCAUUUUCAAUUUUCUUUUACAUGUAUUUGCAUUUUCAGCAUCAUGAUUUGUAAAUGUGCUGAUUGUAAUAUGUGGAGACCUUAUAGUCUAUUUUUAAUUCUUUUUCAAGACUUGGCCAAAAGCAUAGUUAGCUCUUAGAGUGUCUGUGAGCUUGAGAAUACACAGCAGACAUCCUAACACUGUUUGAACUCUUGUGAGGGAACAGUCACUUCAGAAUACCUGCACAAGGUUCAAGAAAAGUAUGUGCAGAAGUUUGAUCUUACCUCACAUGGAAGAAGCAAUUAGCAUGUAAGCACUUACAGUAACACUGAUUAACCUAGUAAAAAUGUAAUGGCCAUUUCUAUAACUUUAUUAAAUCAUCUGUACCAUGUUGGCAUCUGAAUUAAUAAGACUCUGCACAACCCAAAGACAGUUGUUCCAAGAAGACAAGGUUAUUAUUGUUCUAUAAGCUCAAAACAUUAUUUGAAGAUUUUACUUUCUUAGUUUUGUCUUCCCUCUUAGAAUUAAAUAUGUAUCUAACGAAGUCAUAUUUUAAAUUAAGUUAUCGCUCGUUUUAGGAAUGAGAGCUAUGUAGAUAAAUGAAGUUGUGUAUAAUACCACUUCAGUAAUGGACAGAGCAUUGUAUUGUUAUUUUUCACCUCAAGAAACGUCCAAAGAAAGUAUGGCAAUAUGCAAGAAUGAUAAUUUGAACCAGUGCUUUUGAUGCAAACUAUUUUAAAUCUGCGCCAUGUUGUAGCAAUUGCUUUAAAAGCAGGAAGACACGAUUAUACUGUUACUACAGAUAUUGCUGAUGUUUUAGAGAAAAUUUAUAGUAGCGCUAUCCAGCUUCCAUGUAAACCCUGUCUUGUGUUCAACCUAGUUGAAGCUGCGACAUAUAGAAACCAACAACCAGUCACAAACAGUGCUUACUCAACCAUCUAAAGCAACCAAGUUUUGGUCAUGGUUUUUUUUUAACAGGCACACAAUGUAUUUUGAUAAUUCCAUCAGUAGUUAGGAUAAAGAGUGUUCAUUAACUAUCUUCCUGCUGGUUUAUACAGUAACCGGUACAUUUGGUGCAUGUAUAGGCCUAUUACUUCUAUAGGGAAAUGGUUAAUGCACAAUUUUAGUAGCACUACGUAAUGUUUUAGCAAUUGUUGACAAUUUAGAAAGUUGGCAUUGUUGCUCAUGUACAUUGAGUGUCCUGUUUGUCCGACACCUUAUCCAAAACUUUGUUGUUCCCGUCAUGUAUUAUUUUUGGUGAGAUAAUACGCUGACUGUUGUGUACCUGAAGCCACACAAAGCCAUGCUUUUUCUCACAGCAGUGCAUGUCUUGACUCUUGCCAAGAAUAUGUCACAUCACAGGAGAUGGCUUCACCUAACCAAAUUCACAGUAUCAAACCAGUCUGCUGUGAGCAUACGUUUCUCCAACCCCUUGAUAGGCGUUGUAAGUUUUAGGUAAAAGAAAAUUAUGUUGUCCACAUGGCAGCGUCCACAAAGCAGAGAUUUAGACCAUUUAUGGCUACUAAUGUACAAAGUUCCUUUGGUCUGCUUGUAUGUGAACUAAACUGAAGCGCUGCGCAUUGUUGUAAUUUCUACAUUUAACUGCAGCUGUGCCUGUGUACAUAGAAUGAAAGUUGACUAUAUUCUCUUAAUCACAGAUGCAGUUAGAAUGUUUGGAAUCCGUUCAUUGAUUUGUUGGUGUAGUCUAAUGUAGUUUAUAGUGCCGUCAUCACAAUUGUAUUGAGUCAUGGCCAGUAGUGCUGAAUAAAAAUGUCACUUUUAUCAUA